AUGAUGCUUCUCACCAGCCUCAUUUUGUGCUCCUUGGUCCUGGGAAUCAGCAGUUGGUUUUCAUUCAUUGGUGAGGCUUACCCAGGUAAGGCUGAUGCCCGAAGUAUGUGGCAAGCCUACUCUGACAUGAAGGAAGCCAGCUGGAAAAAUUCAGACAAAUACUUCCAUGCUUGGGGGAACUAUGAUGCUGCCCAAAGGGGUCCCAGGGGAGCCUGGGCGGCUGAAGUCAUCAGUGAUGCAAAAGAUGGCAUUCCGGCAUUCUUCAGCAGUGGACACAAGGACUCCAUGGCGGAUCAGGAAGCCAACAGACAUGACUGCAGUGGCGAGGACCCCAAUCACUACAGACCUGCUGUCCUGCCUGACAAAUACUGA